UGUCUUUGUGCAGUCGAAGAAGCCAAGAUGGCAGCCACUGUGAAGGGACCUGUAGCGGUUGAAGAUGUAAAUGUCACUUUUGAGGACCAGCAGAAGAUCAAUAAAUUUGCCAGGAACACAAGUCGGAUGACAGAACUCAAAAGUGAAAUAGACGCAAAGAAAAAAUCGCUGCAGGACUUACAGGAUGCCAGUGAUGACCUGAUGAUGUUAGACGACGAUGCUUUAUUGAUCCCUUAUCAAAUUGGUGACGUCUUUAUCAGUCACACCCAGGAAGAAACACAAGAGAUGCUGGAGGCUGCUAAGGAAGCACUGGAGCAGGAGGUCAAAGGCCUUGAGGAGCAAGUGUCAGCGAUACAGCAAGUGUUGGGGGAUCUGAAGGUCCAGCUCUACGCCAAGUUUGGUAACAAUAUUAACUUGGAGGCAGAUGAAAGUUGAGCAGUGAAACAGACAUUGACAGCUGCCCCAGCAUGGACUUUUUUUCAUGCAGCUCUCGCGUCACAUCCACAGGACACAUUUGCCAAACAAAGCGUCAACAUGAACAGCUUAGGUUUGUAGUUUCUGGCUUUUGUUUACACAGAUGUUGUGUGUAUGCGUUAAGUUUUGGAAAAUAAAUUCACAAAGACAACAAAGAAGAUUAAAUAAAUGCACAUAAUUUCUGAUGUA